AUUCCAUCCAACUAUCCAAGCUGCUAACCAGUUCAACAGCAACCAGUUCAAGGAUUUUAUUAGCAGCAAUGGCCGAGAAGGCAGGAGGAGUUGUGAAGAAUGGUCACGAGGAAGGGCUGAAAAUGGCGGUGGCUCUCCUUGAAGAGUUCGAACUCCCUCAUGGACUGCUUCCGUUGGAAGAUGUGGUUGAAGUUGGGUUCGUCAAGGACACCGGGUACAUGUGGAUCCUGCAAAAGAAGAAGGUGGAGCAUGUGUUCAAGAUGAUCAGCAAGAGUGUCAGUUAUGAUAAAGAGAUCACUGGGUUUAUCAGCAAGAAGAACAUCAAGAAGCUCAAGGGCGUCAAGGCGAAAGAACUCAUCCUGUGGCCUCCGGUCAGUGAGAUUAUUGUUGGCGAAGCGCCAACUGGAAAAAUUCACUUCAAGAGCCUGGCAGGGAUUACCAAGACUUUCCCAGCUGAGGCAUUUGCUGCUGGCCAGUAAUAACAACAUAUACCAAGCCCGCCUUGAAGCAAAAAAUGCUUUCCCCAUUCUGCAACAUAGCUAAUCCAUUUGCUGCAUUUUGCAAUUUAUAGUGUUUCUCGUGCAUAUAGAGUUUUGCUACAACUCUCUAAACAGUUAUAAAUAAAGUUCUCCUUGCACUAAUUGGAAGAUUUCUCAAGACCGAGCUUGGUAUGCAUCUUAUACCUGUCGCAAAACGAAUAUGUUCAACACGGGUAACAGCAGUGAAGCUUUGGUUCCAGGAUGAGAUAAAAACAACCCAAAAGAUGAUCCAUCUAGCGAUCGACAAGACGUAACAAAGGAAACAGGAUGGU